CUGCCGCCUUUCGACUCCGCGGCAUCGGGUUCCCAGGGCUCUUGGUGGCGCCGGAGUCGCACACCCGGGGCGCCCGCUGGCCGCCGGCGGCGGCGGUGGCCCCCUGAGCGGGCCCGAACGGGGAGCGGGGAGCGGGCGGGCGCCGCGGCCCAGGCCCAGGGUCGGCGGGCGGAGGCCGACUCGCGGCCUCUUUGUCUCGGCAGCGGCGGGCGCGUCCGCGGGGCCCGGGGCGGAAGUCCCGCCGCGCUCCCGGCGCCCCGGCCGCAGAGGUGGCACCAUGAGCGACAUCCGCCACUCGCUCCUGCGCCGCGACGCGCUCAGCGCCGCCAAGGAGGUGCUGUACCACCUGGACAUCUACUUCAGCAGCCAGCUGCAGAGCGCGCCGCUGCCCAUCGUGGACAAGGGCCCUGUGGAGCUGCUCGAGGAGUUCGUGUUCCAGGUGCCCAAGGAGCGCGGCGCGCAGCCCAAGAGAUUGAAUUCACUUCAGGAGCUCCAACUUCUUGAAAUCAUGUGCAGUUAUUUCCAGGAGCAAACCAAGGACUCUGUCCGGCAGAUUAUUUUCUCAUCCCUUUUCAGCCCCCAAGGGAACAAAGCCGAUGACAGCCGAAUGAGCUUGUUGGGAAAGCUGGUCUCCAUGGCAGUGGCUGUGUGUCGAAUCCCAGUGUUGGAAUGUGCAGCCUCCUGGCUCCAGCGGACGCCUGUGGUCUACUGUGUGCGGUUAGCCAGGGCCCUCGUGGAUGACUACUGCUGUCUGGUGCCGGGAUCCGUUCAGACGCUGAAGCAGAUAUUCAGUGCCAGCCCUCGCUUCUGCUGCCAGUUCAUAACCUCAGUCACUGCGCUGUAUGACCUGUCGUCAGACGAUCUCAUCCCACCGUUGGACUUGCUUGAGAUGAUUGUCAACUGGAUUUUUGAGGACCCGAGGUUGAUUCUCAUCACUUUUUUAAAUACUCCGAUCGCAGCCAAUCUCCCAAUAGGAUUUUUAGAGCUCACCCCGCUCACUGGAUUGAUCCGCUGGUGUGUGAAGGCCCCUCUGGCUUAUAAAAGGAAGAAGAAGCCCCCCUUAGCCAAUGGCCCCGUCACUGCCAAAGUCACCAAGGACUCGGGGGGGACGGACAGAGAUUCCCACCUCUUGUACUCAAAGCUCCACCUCAGCGUCCUGCAGGUCCUCAUGAUGCUCCAGGUGCACUUGACUGAGAAGAACCUGUACGGCCGCCUGGGGCUCAUCCUGUUUGACCACAUGGUCCCGCUGGUGGAGGAGAUCAACAGAUUGGCGGAUGAACUGAACCCCCUCAACGCCUCCCAGGAGAUCGAGCUCUCCCUGGACCGGCUGGCACAGGCUCUGCAGGUGGCCAUGGCCUCUGGAGCCCUGCUGUGCACGAGAGAUGACCUGAGAACCUUGUGCUCCCGGCUGCCCCAUAAUAAAAAGUCUCCUGCGUCUGAGGACAUCGCCAGUGCACGCGGCACCUCUUCACCUCCUCGCACUAAUCCCUUUGCAACCUUUCCCUUCUUUGUGCACAGCUUUUAUGUAAUGUUUAAUGUUUUCAGGGCAUUAAAAUGUGAUAGGGUAUGAAUUGUUUAUCAUCUCAGUGUUACAACUAGGGGUCCCCGUGGGAAUCCUCUGGAACUUAUAACUGCCCCGAGGGACCCCGCCCCCCAGGGGCCUGUAGCUGCUGCUCCGACGUACAGCCCUGGGCCCCAGUCCCCCGGGGGCAGCCUGACACUGACAUGGGGAGAGAGUGGCCCACAGUCGCUUGGACUACCUCUUUGAUUUCUGAUUGUUCCUUUUGCGUUAAUUGUCUUCUGGACUAGACCAGAAACUUCCUGAAACCCCCUCUCUCUGUGGCAGGGUGUGCAGGUUCAAACGAGCAUGUGACCUACAUUUUGCCUCCGCAGUGUAUUCCCUCCUUGGACUUACUGCUUAGUUUCCUUGAAUUUCUUACCCAGAGUUAUUAAACCGUAGUAGUUAUUAAAACGUAGUGAAGAGAGUCAGAAGAGCUUCAAGCCACUAAAAGGCACCAGAUUUCUUCACACCUGGGUUUACUGCCUGAGCCCCUCCUGGGGGCCCAGGGUACCAGACUUUGUACUUGGUGGGUGGGAGAGAGUGAGGGUCACUCUGCCAAAGACCUAGGCCCGCCCCCUGCUUCAUCUCAGAGCUCCAGGAAGCAGCCAACCAUAGUCAGUCUCCCAAGGGUGAAGUGGCCCGUCGGGAUGGGCUUUCGCUGGGCCAAGCAGGACAGCAUGCAGGGAAGGUGUGGCCUCGUGGGACCGGGAAGCUGAGGGGCAAGUGGUGGGCAAGAACGGGACCUGGCAGGCGGGGUUUGGUGAUGUGGAGGGACAGUGUACGCACUCGAGAGACAGGACCCAGCCGGAGCCACGGCCCUGGCUGAGGCUGGGAGAGCAAAGCACAGAGGCCAGGGGAUCCAGGGGGAGGGCAGGGCUGGGGAGGGGCCCUCUGUCCUGAAGGGGCGUAACCGGGGGACUUGGUUAUUUCAGGCUGAGUCCGGACAAGCUAGAGGUGGAGAGAAAGUUAGGACGCUCUGCUGAUGGUGCUGAGAGGGGAGGGUGGCAUUAGAUAGGAUGAGACUAAUGAGAGGAAGCUCUUCAAGGGGUCUCAGAAGGCACCAGCAUAGGAGGUGACAUUGAAUUCAGGAGCAGGGAGGACUUCCUGGAGGCAGAGGCUGUUGAAGUGCUGAACCACAGAGAGCGGAGCGCA